GCACAUGGUUUUUGCAACACAAUGUCGAAAGCAGAUUUUUCUCCCACGAUAACUGCCCAUUUGGCAGCGGAAAUACUAAACAAAACUUUGGCCAAUAUUCAGCUUCCUGAAAAUGCCCGAAAAAUCGAAGAGGCCAGAGAGAAUGUGGGCAAUGAAAUGUUGAAAAUGAUGCAGUUUGUGUUUCCAGUAAUAAUGCAACUGCAACUUGAUGUUGUCAAAGAAUAUGGUUUUUCAGACACAAGAGAAGGUAUAAUUAAAUUCUCCCAAAUAUUGCGUAACCUAGAAAGAGAAGAUUCAGAAGUCGCUCGAUUGCAUGGUUUAAUUAAAGCCUAUUACUUACCCCCCAUAUCAUUACACACAGGCACUGAUGUUAUGGAAGAGAAAAAUAGUGGCAGCUAACAUAUUUAAAUUGGUUUAUAUAAUUUAUAGAUUUAUAAUCGUCUAAAUAUGUAAAGUUUAGAAUUAAAUUAACUAUGUACAAUUUUCAGUAAAUUAUUUUAGAAAUUGAAAUUAAAAACUCGGGCUACAUCAUAUAUGUAUGUUAAGUGAGAAUAACAACAAAUAAAAUUCUAAUAUUAAAAA